CCCUGCCCACACCAACAUCUCGCAAAACUGUAGUAAAGCAUACACCAGAAUGUUGAUACAGUUAGGGUAUUGCACAUUUCCACCUUCACAAGAAUCCAGACUUUUCCUUUCACAGCCACACUCACUUCCCUCCAGCACCUCUGCUUAACUCCUGUAACCUUUAUUUUCCUUUUUUGUUAAGUCUUUGCUUUUAUAAAGACCCUGCUUUAGCCGGGCGUGGUGGCUGGCGGCUGGAGUCUCAGCUACUCUUCAGGCAGGGCCGGAAGAUCGCUUGUGUCCAGAAGUUCGAGACUACCCUGGGCAACAUAGCAAGACCCUUUCUUCUUUCUUCUUCUUUCCUUCUUUUUUUAGAGGCCCUGCUUUGUCACAACCAGAAGGACACAGAGCUCAAAGUUAGGUCCCAGGCUUUGGCUUGACACCAAGGGACGCAUUCUCCCUGCCGGAAGCAGCUUACCAAAGCCUGCGGAGAACGGCAGGCUAGGUGGGGCCGCGAUGUGGGGCUACGCCGGCGCCCCGGCGCUGGCCGACUUCCUGUCUCCUGGGCCAGAUGCUGCUCUGCACUGCAGCUACGGUCGCAUGCAGUGCGUGCGGAAGCCCGCAGCAGGAAUGCUGCCUUCGGUGAUUUUAAUUUCACCUUUCUACUUCUUUCAAUAACACAAUCCGCGUUUCAAACUCCAUUGAAAAGAAAAUGGAAUUCGCUCUAGGAGGCUUUGAAAUCACCACCUGGAACCUCGGGAGGCUGAGAAGAUGGAGCCAAACCAGUGUGUGGGAUGGAGUUGCGGACCGGGGUCGGCCGGCCUCUUCUAGGGGUCUCAGGUCCGCGGGCCUAGCGUGGCAGCAACUGCCACUUGACUGGGAGCCCUUUCGUUGACAACGCCUAAGAGAACCCCGUUGCUAGGGCCGUUGCCGAGGCGGGGCCACGAGGAGGGGCUCACUUCCUGGAGGAGGGCAAUUGGCAACCCGGAAGCGGUCGGCAGUGCGGCGCUGUUUAAAGAUGGCGGCGGAGGAACCUCAGCAGCAGAAGCAGGAGCCGCUGGGCAGCGACUCCGAAGGUGUUAACUGUCUGGCCUAUGAUGAAGCCAUCAUGGCUCAGCAGGACCGAAUUCAGCAAGAGAUUGCGGUGCAGAACCCUCUGGUGUCAGAGCGGCUGGAGCUCUCGGUCCUGUAUAAGGAGUAUGCUGAAGAUGACAACAUCUAUCAACAGAAGAUCAAGGACCUCCACAAAAAGUACUCAUACAUCCGGAAGACCAGGCCUGAUGGCAACUGUUUCUAUCGGGCCUUCGGAUUCUCCCACUUGGAGGCGCUGCUGGAUGACAGCAAGGAAUUGCAGCGGUUCAAGGCUGUGUCUGCCAAGAGCAAGGAGGACCUGGUGUCCCAGGGCUUCACUGAGUUCACAAUUGAGGAUUUCCACAACACGUUCAUGGACCUGAUCGAGCAGGUGGAGAAGCAGACCUCCGUCGCUGACCUGCUGGCCUCCUUCAAUGACCAGAGCACCUCUGACUACCUUGUGGUCUACCUGCGGCUGCUCACCUCGGGCUACCUGCAGCGCGAGAGCAAAUUCUUCGAGCACUUCAUCGAGGGUGGGCGGACUGUCAAGGAGUUCUGCCAGCAGGAGGUGGAGCCCAUGUGCAAGGAGAGCGACCACAUCCACAUCAUCGCACUGGCCCAGGCCCUCAGUGUGUCCAUCCAGGUGGAAUACAUGGACCGCGGCGAGGGUGGCACCACCAACCCGCACAUCUUCCCGGAGGGCUCCGAGCCCAAGGUCUACCUUCUCUACCGGCCUGGACACUACGAUAUCCUCUACAAAUAGGGCUGCUCCCGGCCUGCUGCUGCCCUGCCUGCCCCCUCUGCCAGGCGCUAGACAUGUACAGAGGUUUUUUUUUGUGUGUGUGUGUGGUUGUAAAUGGUCCUAUUUCACCCCCUUCUUUCUGUCACAUGACCCCCCCCAUGUUUUAUUAAAGGGGGUGCUGGUGGUGAGCUGUGUGUGUGUGUGUGUCCCUGCUCUGCUGCCCGCCUGCCUGCUCUGUCUGCUGCUCCCUCCCCCCCAGGUGGGUCCCCCUGCUUUUCACCCAUCCACCCGAGCUUACCCGACAGGAGCAGGUUUAAGGGGCCAGGCCUUUUGGAGGCCCCUCCUACUUCCUUGGGUUCCGCUUCCUUCCCUAAGGCCCCACUUUCCUUCUUAGCUGGCUCAGGGGCUUAUAUGGGAUUGUGGAAGUUCCUUGGGGACUUGCCCAGGGUCCCGGACUUGACCUGCUCCCUCACAGGCCCCACUUCCACCCUGCUGUCCCCAGCCAGGGCCCCAGAGCCCAGCUUCCUGCCCUCCAUCAGGGGUCUGCAUGGUUGGGAGUCCAGGGUGGAGGGGCCUUUGUGAGGCUGGGCCUGGCUCAGGGCAGGUGGAGGAUCUGGGCCUCCCACAGGUGCCCGUGCCCCUGGCAGUGCCAGCCUGGUGGGGGAGGGCAGCCUUCUAACCUGUGCGGGGCCCAUAGUCCUCAGGUCUUGGCAGGGCUGCUGGUUCUCCACCUCCCCUUCGCCCCCAGGCCCCCUGCCUGUGCCUGCCUUGCACCCCCUCUGCUUGGGCCACGGUGUCUCUGCAUUGCCUGCCUUUUUGCCUUCACUUGUUUUCUUCCCUGCCCCCUGCACAUUCAGGGGCUCAGCCCCCCCAGGCUGUGAGCUCCUUGGGGGCAGGCCCUCAAUAAAUGUGAACUGCUGCUGCC